UCAUUUUUCAAACGGAGCUCGUGCAAAGCGGUUCGGUUGGUCUUUAAGCGAUUUUCCACAAACCAAAAAGUAUUUCCGCGGAAAAGCUGCCCGAAAACGGGAAAAGAGAGCUUACGUUCUGCACCAAAAACGAAAAACUAUUAAUGUUCGUGGUCUAAAUAUCCGCAAAACUCAUUGUUAUUUUUUCAUAUUUUCUGCUCUGGUUUUCGCACAUUAAUUGAUAAAUGCUACUUAUCAAUUUGUGGCAAAAGUAAUUAAGCUUGUGACGGAAUCGAACGUGGCUAAUUGGAUACAGCAUUGGAAAAGAAUACCAUCACAGAGAAAAAAAACACGGAACAUAAAAAAUCAAACAAAUAGCGACAAUUUGUAGAGAAAACCCAUUAAAAGCGACGUUCACUAUGUGUAAAUAUGUAAUGUGCGUCUACGAGUGAGCGAAAAUUGCCGACUGAUAACUGACUUUUUGAAAAAGUAACCACGAUGGAGUCAACUACUAUUGUUUUUGUGACUCUGCUCACAAUUAUAACCCAACGUAAACACUGUGCGGCCGUCGAUGUUUACUUUCCCACCACGUCGGUGAAAUUCAAUAUGCCCAUCAAUGAGGAAUCGGAGAGCAUAUUCUCCAAAAUCCCGCUAGCCCAGUUCCAAGUGCUGCGGAUGGAGGACAACCGGUUAGCCAGUGAUUACUUGUAUAGCCUGGAGCAGAAUCCACUACUCCGAAUAAACAGUUCCUCCGGCGAGAUAUAUAUGCGCACUGACUACCGCUCACCAAACUCAAGUGCCACAUUCUUGGUGACCGCAUUUCCCAGAGAUCAACCGGAUCACGAGCUGCUGAAUGUUUCGCAUCUUUCGUUGGAGGUUACACCUCAGCCCCUGGAGGAGUACUGUUCGGAACUGGAGCACAUUUGCUUCUGGAGCAGUGCUCAGUACACUAUAGCAGAGUCGCACGGUCCAUAUCGGCGGAAGGAUUUUUUUGAACCCGUACUUAUCGGCGCCCUUAAUUCCCGCGCUGCGAAGUAUCUGUGUCCUCAUGUAUCCCUGGAAUAUUCCCUGAACGCUGGUAGUUCCCAUUUUGUUUUGAAACAAAAUCGACUCUACACCCGACAAACCUUGGAUCACGACGAGCUCAAUGGACUGAAUGCCAAGGCAGGGCAGCUGCAGGCCAGGAUUACCUGCACGGUUAAAUUGUCCAGCAGGGAUCAGAGAAAAUUCUCGCGCAUCUUGGAUAUCAAGUUACUGGAUCGCAAUGAUAAUGGACCCAAGUUGCAGGAGAGUAGCUCUAAGUUUGAUUUCUAUCUGGAGCAGCCCUACUUCCAAGCGGACGAGGAGGCGGGAAAAAAAGUAAUCUACGUGGACAAGGAUACAUUGGAGGCAAAUGCUCACCUUGUCUACGCCGUCCACAAUGACUCUCAUGGUCUGUUUCGGCCCGACUGCCACGCCUACGAGGCGGAUCACACGGGCAGACCACAUACCAUCGUCAGUUGUCAACUGCGAUUCUCCCGAAACGGUGUCUUCCGGGAAACCCCCUAUUGUGUGUCCUUGGAGGCUCGGGAUCUGACCAUUGUAAGCCGUGUCGAUGCCAUGUCAGCGACAGCCAAUGUUUGCUAUCAUAUUAAUCUGAGUAAGCUUCACGAAUCUGAGCAAGAAUUACCGCAAGCUCUUCCCCUACGGGCACGUCAACAUCGAAUAUUCGAGAGCGAAGAAUUCAAUGGAGAUUCUGCAGGCCGAUCUCUAAGUCCUCCGACCGUGGAUUACGAUAAGGAUGUUUCCGUAUACAGAUCGGCUGCUUCUAAUUUUCGAGUUGUCCAGCCUGACAGUUUUUUGGACUUGAUGCGGUUACGAUCUAUUCGAUUCGAUAUUGUGGAGGAUAAACUUGGAGCUUUUGGUAUUACCUCAACAUCGGGUAUUGUCUUUGUGAAGAACCCACAGGUUUUGGAGGAGGCACCGGAAACCAUAUACUUCCUGAAUGUCACCUGGAUCGAUCAGCAAAGGCUGUCGCACGUGAGAGUGAUCAAUGUGCACUUGGUUCAUGGUAGACCCGAGAAUACUAGUUGCGAACUGAAGGUCAAGUCUCGAUCACAGACAUGUGCCCAGAUUAAAUACCAAUCGCAAUGCGUUCGAUAUUGCGGCUUGGCCACAGGUGGUGGAUCUUGCCAGUGGAGGGGGUCCAACUCAGCCAUGUUCGGCACUAGAUAUGGUUCCUGUGUACCCGAAUCUCGUUACUGUCCAGAUCAUGUCUGUGAUCCCCUAGAGGAACUGAAUCCUAUGGCCUGUCCGCAGGAUUGCACGCCAGCUGGAAGAAUCGUGGGUCCCCAUUCAAGUAAUGAGAAUAAGAGAGGGAUAUACAGUGCCUCGGGUACCUGCAUUUGCGAGGAUAAUGGCAAGUGCUCGUGCGCUCCGUUAGAUGAGGAACCCAAGAUGAAGAAACCGCGAAAACGAAAAAACGAAACAGAGGCGGAACCUCUGCUGGGGGUACGAAGGGGCACUCCUCCGAAUCAGCCACUUCAGGAUCCCAUGCUUCUGGGUGUCCUAAAUGUGGCCGGUUUCGAAUGCGAUCGCUCCUGCAUGUUCUUCGUGAUCACGUGCCCUCUAUUGUUCGUUCUCCUGCUCCUCUGUUUGCUGAUUGCGCAGAGAAAGAUGCUCCAACGUCGCUUGGGCAAGCAAUCAAUGACCACGUCGUCGAAACAAGCUCUUCCGGAAUCAGGAGGCGGAGAUUUCGCCUUGAUGCCGCUGCAGAGUGGCUUCAGGUUCGAAAGUGGGGAUGCCAAAUGGGAGUUUCCCAGGGAAAAACUGCAACUAGAUACGGUCUUGGGAGAGGGUGAAUUUGGUCAGGUGCUAAAGGGCUUUGCCACCGAGAUCGCUGGCUUGCCGGGAAUAACCACGGUGGCCGUAAAGAUGCUCAAGAAGGGCUCCAAUUCAGUGGAGUACAUGGCCCUGCUUUCGGAGUUUCAGCUCCUCCAGGAGGUCUCUCACCCGAAUGUGAUCAAGCUGCUAGGCGCCUGCACCUCCUCCGAAGCACCUCUCCUGAUCAUCGAGUAUGCUCGGUAUGGCUCUCUGAGGAGCUAUCUUCGACUCAGUCGGAAGAUCGAGUGUGCCGGCGUAGAUUUCGCAGAUGGAGUGGAGCCUGUUAAUGUUAAGAUGGUACUUACCUUUGCUUGGCAGAUUUGCAAGGGUAUGGCUUACCUUUCUGAGUUAAAGUUGGUUCAUCGUGAUUUGGCUGCUAGAAAUGUGCUCCUUGCGGAUGGCAAGAUAUGCAAAAUAUCAGAUUUCGGACUGACUCGAGAUGUUUACGAGGACGAUGCCUAUUUAAAGAGAUCCCGAGAUCGUGUGCCCGUCAAGUGGAUGGCUCCGGAAUCUUUAGCGGAUCAUGUGUAUACCAGCAAAUCGGAUGUGUGGUCCUUUGGCGUUCUCUGCUGGGAACUAAUCACUCUGGGAGCCUCUCCGUAUCCUGGCAUUGCUCCCCAGAAUUUGUGGUCCUUGCUGAAGACGGGCUACCGCAUGGACAGACCAGAAAACUGUUCGGAGGCUGUCUACUCUAUAGUUCGAACUUGCUGGGCAGACGAGCCAAAUGGAAGACCCUCAUUCAAGUUUUUAGCAUCGGAGUUUGAGAAGCUAUUGGGAAACAAUGCCAAGUACAUAGAUCUGGAAACGAAUGCCGUUUCGAAUCCCCUUUAUUGUGGGGAUGAUUCCGCCUUAAUAACCACGGAAUUGGGCGAACCAGAAUCGUUGCAGCACCUUUGGUCACCUCCCAAAAUAGCCUACGACAUCCAUGACCAGGCCACCAGCUACGAUCAGUCUGAGGAGGAGAUGCCAGUGACUUCAACGGCUCCGCCGGGUUACGACUUACCACGACCUUUGCUUGAUGCUACCGCCAACGGGCAGGUUUUGCGAUACGAAAACGAUUUGCGAUUCCCCUUAAAUAUUCGGAAAUCCAGUUGUACUCCAAGCUACAGCAACAUGACCAGUGAACCUCCAGCGACCACCUCACUGCCACAUUAUUCUGUCCCCGUGAAGAGGGGUCGAUCCUACCUGGAUAUGACCAACAAGAGUCUCAUCCCAGACAACCUGGACAGCAGGGAGUUUGAAAAGCAUCUGUCCAAGACCAUCUCGUUCCGUUUCUCUAGUUUGCUGAAUCUCAGUGAAACGAAGGAGGUGAGUCCAGGAUGGCAAGCUGAGGAUGCAGUCUAGAAAUAGUGUUUCCCAGAGUUCUAAUCUCACGCCUGUUUUUCAGUUCAAACUGUUUGUUGAUUAGUCUUAGUUUUACAUAUAAUCAAUUAGCUUUACGUUGACGCCAAAUAUGGAUUUUAAGAUAACCGAUUUCGAUUUCAAAUACUCCCAAGCAUUUAUACACUAUUUUAACUAGCCAAAGACAGCCUUAGUUUUUUUUAUUAUUACUUCUUAUUACUUUUGCUUCAAAAAGCCAUAUUCUUAAAAGAUAAUUAACUUUAUUUGUAAAUUGCCAAGUUCGUCCUAUUAUAUGCCAGAAGAAUGAAUGGUUAUCCCAAAGAAUUUUUACACUCAAUAAAUAAAGUUUUUAAAGGAAUAUUUGUGCUUCAAAAGGGGUUUUCUGUAUUUGGAUAUUUAUUUCAAUUUAAGAUUGUAAAACUCUGCUAAAGUAAGCUAGGUUGAUUUAUAAUGUCCAUUUAAUGUAAUAGCAGUCAUAAUAUAAGUUUCAAUUUAUUUACGCCAUAAGCUAAACAAUCAUAAGUAACCUUCAUUAUUAAUCAUUGAGUACAUCUGGUACAUCUUAAACAAUCUCACAGGCACUCUAGAUAUUUAGGUAUUCGAACCAAUGUACUUAUUUAUCGAUGACUUUUAUGACUUUAAUGAAUGUAAAUACUUGCAUCUACUGCAUAUGUUUAAAUUAACUUUUAAAAAUUAUUUGAAAUAAUAUAAAAUAAAAUAAACCAAAUAU